UAUUAGCAUUAAACAGAACUACUUACCGUAUGUAUAUGUAUCUAUGCAAGAAAUAACGACGUAAUAGAAAAUUUUAUACGGCUACAAUUGCGAACUAAUAGAAAAACUUUCAUAAUAUGUUUCUAUUAAUGAUCCUAUCCCGAAAAAAUUAUAACAGCAGACGACUUACCGUAAAUGACAGCUAGACCAGUUUCAUGGAGGAACCUAAGUCGACGAUGCUUAAAUGUCCAUAUUGUUAAAACAGUUAAUAUUAAUAGAAAUGUGUAUAAUAGAAGAUUCAAACUAUCAAGCCUAUGUAACAACUGUGCUUUUGCAUCUAAUUCAAUGUCUGUCGCGGCUCCGUUACACGAUUCUAACACGAUAAUACACAAAAUUAUAAGGAGAAAAAUUCGUGCACCACCUCUCACUGCCAUCUUUACUUUACAACCAUUUCCCAAUGAAACUGUCAGUUCAGCAGUAUGACCAACUGUGUUAAUGAAGCAAAUGAUGCAAUCGAAAUGUAACGCUGCUAGAUGGAACAUCCAAACAAAUACAGUAUAUUGAUGGCAUUAGGAGAUGAGAUUGCACAAAACUUAAUUGAACGUAAAACAUUCAGAGAAUUGGACUAUAUGCGUACAGUUCAAUUUGCAUGUAUAGGUUUUUGUAUUGCCGGUCCAGCAACACGAACUUGGUAUGGAAUAUUAGAUAGAUACAUUGGUUCUAAGGGAGGUAUUAUAGUAUUAAAGAAAGUAUGCUGUGAUCAACUACUAUUUGCACCAACAUUUAUUUUUGUUUUAUUAUCUGUAAUUGGUAUUUUACAAGGAAACGAUGUAGAACAUCUAAAAGCUAAAUUGCAAAAUGAAUAUUCUGAUAUUUUAAGGAAUAACUAUAAGGUGUGGCCUAUGGUACAAUUAUGUAACUUUUAUUUUGUACCCCUGCAAUACCAAGUCUUAGUAGUACAAUCAAUAGCUCUGCUAUGGAACACCUAUAUUUCCUAUAAAACUAGUAUAAAAAGGCAAGAAUAAGAGUAUUAAAUAAUUAAAACUUUUAUGCAUGCGUACGAUAUAGUUUAUUUCUUGUAAUAUAAAUAUUCGUUCUCUUAAAAUGUAUACCUUAAAAAUGCCACAUAAUGUAGUGAUAAGUAACUAUUUUUUCACAAUAAGACAAACAAUGACAUUCAUCAUGAAUGGUGUAGUAAUAGUAUUGUAAAAAAAUAAUGUAUGACUAUAUAUACAUACAAACCAUACAAAGUGACUGCUUUUCUUUUAAUUUUUAAAUACAAAGUAUGACGAAAAAGUUCCAACAUAAUGAUCAUUAAGUAAAGUUACAGAACUGUACAAUUUGUUGACAAUGUAGCAAUAAGAAACACGGAUAAUACAUAUCUAAAUGCCACAUUUCUAUAACAUAGAAUCAACUGUUCUGCAAUUAACAUAUUCUCGAGAUCAAACUCCAGCCAGUUUCUUUUGUUUCUCAAAAUGAAAAACGAUUAAGUAGAUGCCACUUUGAGACGUCAAAUAUAGUCAUUAAGAAAAUGGCAUAAAAUUUACCACCUGUAAAAAGAGGCGGACUCAUUGCAUUUAUGAAGGAAGAUAUUACUUCAUAGAGUGCUCUCCCAAAUCUAUCUAAAACUACACUUUUGGAACUUUUUAAUCACACCCUAUGUAAACAUCUUCACAAACAGUUGCAUUUUAAAAUGCUACAAAAUAAAUUUGUUCCUUGGAAUGUAAUUAUUUACAAGUUUUUGAGUUAUUGAAUGUAAGUAACAAGCGUUAAGUAUCCGUGUAAGAGUAUUAAUUAUUCACACUAAGUAUGCAAAAUAUUCGUAGUGUAAUAAAAUAAACUAAAAUUUUAUCCGAAUUAAUAUAAUCUA